ACGCAGCAAGAUCUCGCGAGAGUGGCGAAAACGAAGGCACAGGGUGGUGUUGCGCGUACAAGUUUGGGGUCUGGCUGGGCCGCCGCGGCACUUUGGGCAAGAAACGAGAGGCCGCCGAGAGCGACUCAGCGGUUGUGGGCGGCGCGGCUCGAGGCGCUUCCUCCUGCCUGUGGGCCCAGUGAGCGACGAAUGACUUUCGAUGGCGGCUCCGGCGGCUGAGGAGAAAGCGGCGGAGGCGGCCCCCAGCGACCUCUCCCCGAAAGAGGAAGGGGAGCUGGAGGACGGAGAGAUCAGCGACGACGAGAACAACAACCCCCACGACAGCGAGGGGCCGCCGGAGCCGAGCGGCAACAGAGAUGGCGGCGGCGGCGGCGGCGGGGCGGCGAAGGGCCCCUACGCCCGGCGAAGGCCGCCUCCCGACCUGCGCAGCGCCCCUCUCGUCUCCUCGUCCCGCCGCUUCGCCCACUUGCGCCACCAGCCUCCCCCAGAGCUGAGGCACCUCCACGGCCACGGCGGCGGGUACCGGCUGACGUCUUGCUCCAGGUUGCCGCCCGGCCCGCACCCCGACUCCGGCCCCAGGCUCUCCUUCUGGGAGCGCAGCCACAACGCUCUGGACCGGUUCCGUUUUCGAGGCCGCUUCUACCGGAGCGGCGGCCGCUGGGGCAGGAGCCGAGGUGGCAGCAACCCUCCUGGAAGGCCUCCGGGAGGAGGAGGGGGCGGCGGCGGCGGCGGCGGCUACGGUGGCAACCAGAGCUGGAGGGAGGCCUCGCCGCGAAAAUCCAAAACAUUCGGAAGAUCGCCAUCUCGAAAGCAGAACUACUCAUCUAAAAAUGAUAACUCUGUUGAAGAGAGUUUUGAGGAUUUAUUGUUGAAAUAUAAGCAGAUUCAACUGGAACUUGAAUAUAUAAAUAAAGAUGAAAAACUGGCUCUAAGUAGCAAAGAAGACAUCAUUCAGCAAAAUAAUACUGAAACGGCCAGUUCUGAGGACCAAAUAGUGAUAGAAAAUGUCAGUAUUACAAAGGAUACUGUAAGUGAAGUGUCUCCUGAGGAGAAGAAUAAAGUUACAACCUUUCAGGCAUUUGAACUGAAGCCUCUCCGGCAAAAACUUCCUACACUAGCUGAAAGGAGCAAGUUGAAAAAAGUGAAAGAUGGAGCAAAACAACAAUCACAAAAAUCUGAAGUUUCAGAUUCUCAUCAAGGUGAAAAGGAACAGGAGGAACAAAAACUUAGCCCUUCAGAUGCUACAGCAGAGAAGAAACUGGUGGAUGAAGAGGAGGAAGUGUCAGAAUUGCAGCUAAGAUUACUAGCACUUCAGUCUGCUAGUAAAAAGUGGCAGCAGAAAGAACAGCAGGUGAUGAAAGAAAGCAAGGAGAAAUUAACAAAGUCAAAAGCUAUACAGCAAAAGGUCAAAAUUGGUUCAAAAUCACAUUCUGCCAAAAAAAACAGCACUGCAGCUAAGCAAGCAUUGAGGAAACAGCAAACAAAAGUAUGGAAAAAGCUGCAGCAGCAGAAAGAACAAGAAAGGCAUCAGAAAGAAGAAGAACAACGGAAACAAGAGGAAGAGGAGGAAAGAAGAAAAAGAGAAGAGGAAAUAAGAAAAAUUCGUGAUCUUUCAAAUCAAGAAGAGCAGUAUAAUAGAUUCAUGAAGCUGGUUGGGGGAAGGACACAAUCAAGAAGUAAGUCUUCAGAUAAAGAUUUGAGACGAUCAUUAGAUAAACAAUCUAAUGAGAGUGCAGGAGGGAUCUAUCAGUAUGACAAUUAUGAUGAAGUUGCCAUGGACACAGAAAGUGAAACUAACUCACCUGCAUCUUCUCCAGUGCAGCCUGCAUAUUUUGAAUGUCCUGCUGGAUACUUUCCUCCUGCGGCACCACAAAUUUCACUCUCUCUUGUACCCCAGGUUUCAGCACCGCCACCGGUUAGCCAAGUGUAUGUGGAAGGUGUUUCUACAGAGCCACUACCACCCCUUCCUCCUCUUCCACCUGAAGAACCUGAACAGCCACCAAAGCCUCCAUUUGCAGAUGAAGAAGAAGAGGAAGAAAUGUUACUACGAGAAGAGCUACUAAAAUCUCUAGCAAACAAGCGAGCGUUUAAACUAGAGGAUAAUUCAAGUAAUAGUGGACCACCAUCACCACCUUUUCCUAGUAAUUCACAUUCUGUGCCAAGAAGUAAUCUUUCAGCAGUCAGUAUUAACACAGUGUGUCAACCUCGUGUAAAGAACACAAAGAUUAUUAGAGUACCAAGGCCACCUCGAACAGUAAUCACGCUUCCGAAGCACAAAUCAGUUGUGGUUACACUGAAUGAUUCAGAUGACAGUGAAUCAGAUGUAGAACAAUCUAAUUCCACUCCUAGUGUGUUUGGUGGCCUAGAAUCUAUGAUCAAAGAAGCUAGAAGAACUGUAGAGGCAUCAAAACCGAAGGCACCUUUAAAAUCAGAAAAAGAAAAUAAUCCAGUGAGAACUCCUGAGGCUUUGCCAGAAGACAAAAAGAUAGAGUACAGACUCCUGAAAGAAGAAAUUGCCAGUCGGGAGAAACAGCGUUUGAUAAUAACUGAACCUCUGAAAUCCAGUUCAUCACCAGUGAACUCUGAUAUUGAAGUUGAUGGGUUGGGUCGAAUAGCAAUUGUUAAAAAACAAGUUACAGAUGCAGAGGCAAAACUCAAAAAACACAAACUUCUCUUAAUGAAGGAUGAGUCUGUAUUGAAGCAUCUUAUACAACAAGAGUCAAAGAAGAAAGAGUCCGUUCGUCUUGCCGAAAGCAAAAUUGCUAAACUUAAUGAGCAGCUGCAAGCAACAGAAAAGAUAUUAAAUGCCAAUAAGAUUUUUUUGAAGAAGCUUCAAGAACAAAUCCACAGAGUACAGCAACGCGUAAUGACAAAGAAAGCACUGGCACUAAAAUAUGGAGAAGACCUUGCUCGAGCAAAAGCACUGGCUAGCAAAGAAAUUGGAAAGCGAAAGCUUGAAUAUGACCAUUUGAAGCCGAACAAAAUAAUGAAAUUGGAGAAAUCUCCUUCAUUGAGUCCAAAAAAACAUUCAGCAGAGUUGAUAGCACUGGAGAAAAAAAGACUACAGCAACUACAGUAUGAGUAUGCUCUAAAAAUUCAGCAACUAAAGGAGGCCCAGGCACAUCAAACUAAAGGCCGAUCUAAUGUCUUCACUCUUCCUGAAGAAGAAACUGAAUUUGCACUACCUCAGCCCUCCCUUCAUGAUUUAACACAAGACAAACUGACUUUAGAUAUUGAAGAGAAUUAUUGCGAUGAUGAAAUUUUGUCCCACUCCAAUAGAGAACGAAGGAGGUCUUUCAGAGAAUCAAAUUCUUGUACUAAGCCUAAUCUUAAACACAUAGAUACCCCCAAGCAAGAAAGUACAAAUAAGCAGUCUAAAAAGACAGUGGAGCAACCAGAGCUUUUUCUGGGACUGAAUAUUGAUGAAUUAAAAAAAUUGUAUGCAAGAGCGGAUGGGUUGAAGCAUGUAUUGGAAAACAAUACAGCUCUUAUGGCUCCUAAUGAAGAAAACAAAUGUGGACAGGAAAUAAAGGUAGACGUAGACCCCUUUACAGCUCCAAAUAAACAAACAGAGGGAAAGCCGUAUCCAUUUGGACCAUAUCAUAGUCCUCUUCUUGUUUUUAAAUCUUACAGGUUUAGUCCUUAUUUUCGAACAAAAGAAAAGCUUUACCUCAGUUCAGUAUCCUACAGCAAUAUGAUUGAGCCCAAACAGUGUUUCUGUCGUUUUGAUCUAACAGGCACAUGCAAUGAUGAUGAUUGUCGCUGGCAGCACACAAAAGACUGCACUCUCAGUCGGAGUCAGCUAUUUGAAGAUAUUCUUUCAUACAAUUUAGCUUUGAUAGGGUGUUCAGAGAAAAGCACUGAUGAAGAAAUCAGCACUGCAGCAGAAAAAUAUGUUGAAAAACUUUUUGGUGUGAACAAAGAUCGCAUGGCAAUGGAUCAAAUGGCUGUUCUUCUUGUUAGUAAUGUUAACGAGAGCAAAGGUCACACUCCUCCAUAUACAACAUGGAAAGACAAAAGGAGGUGGAGGCCUAAGUACUGGAAAAAACCACAUUUAGACAGUGAUACCAGCAAUGAAGAGGAACAGUCCUCUGGUCCUAUCAAAUACGUUCCCACCAUAGAAAGUAAAAUAAACAUUCCUGCUCUGGAUGCUGUUGUGACUCCUGAUGAUGUUCGUUAUUUUACAAAUGAGACUGAUGACAUUACAAACCUGGAGGCAAGCGUACUUGAGAACCCUUAUAAUGUUCAGCUUUGGCUCAAAUUGGCUUAUAAAUAUCUGAAUCAAAAUGAAGGAUCAUCCUCAGAAUGCUUGGAUUCUGCUUUGAAUGUUCUGGCCCGAGCACUAGAAAAUAACAAAGACAAUUCUGAGAUCUGGUGUCAUUACCUCAAGUUAUUUUCAAAAAGAGGAACAAAAGAAGAGGUGCAAGAAAUGUGUGAAACAGCAGUGGCAUAUGCCCCUACAUAUAAGAUCUGGUGGACUUUCCUAAAUCUGGAAAAGUCCUUUGAUGGGAAGGAUUAUGUUUGUGGGAGGAUGCUGCAGUUCCUAACAGAAACUCCAGAACGUGAAGAGAAUUCAGAUCUUUGGUCCUUUCAUUUGCUGGAGAUGUUGCUGUACAGAGUUCACCUAAGCCUCUUUGCUGGGAAGUAUCAAAAUGCAGUUGCAUUAUUCCAGAAUGCUUUGAAAUCAGCAAGUGACAGUGUUAUAGUUCAACACCUCAUCAUACGUGAUCGCUGCUUAGCUUGGCUAUCCUACAUACAUCUGAUUGAAUUUGGUAACCUCCCAGUCAAGUUCUAUGAUCCUGCUAAUAGCAACCCUUCCAAAAUAAUGAAGAAGGAACCAUUUUUAAUACCCUGGGAAACAGUGGAAGAUGUGAAGGCUAAUCCUGAUACAUUGUUAGCCUUGUUUGAAGAUGCCAUUCAGUCAUGUACCAGUGGAGACAUUUCAGUGGAUGAAAGUAUGGUUCAUUGUCUUCCAUUAUACAGAAACAUGAUAGUUUUGCAGAAGCUGUUGGAACGGUGGGAAGCUGCUAUUGAACUUUGCAAAUCACUCAUGAAAUUUAAUCCUCUUGACUGUCAGCUUUUGGAAACUUUGGUUGGUUUAUUCUUGCGGACAGGUCAGAUUGAAAGGGCUUGUGAUGUAUGGCUUACAGCUUUUGAGAAGAACCCUAAAAAUGCUCAGGUUUUCUACUAUAUGUGCAAAUUCUUCAUGAUGCAGAAUAGAUCAGAUAGUAUUCCUCCACUGUUGCAAGCCUUUGUUGCAGCAUUUUUUGAGUCUGUACCUCAAGGAAGCAGUCCUGUGGAUCUGUUACGAUACUUUUUGAAUUUUCCCAUGCCAAUUGAAUUCACACCACCUUCGUAUAAGGCAACUUUUACAGAAGAGCUUUUAAACCAGCAGAUUCCUUACUUGUGGCAAAUAUACUGUUUAUACCAGUCUCUUCAUGGAAGUUCUGGAGAAGCAACAGAUGCUUAUGAAGCCGCUCUGGGAGCAGUUAUGCAAGAGGAAAUAGUUCAGCAAAUUUGGAUGGAAUACCUUGUUUUCAUGAAUGGCAAAGUUGCCAGAUCCAACAAUCAAGUUCAAGAAUUCAAGCUUUUUACAGAUCUUGUCAACAGAUGUCUUGUUACGGUCCCCACCCGAUACCCUAUUCCAUUCAGCACUGCUGAUUACUGGACCAACUAUGAAUUCCAUAACAAGGUAAUUUCCUUUUACUUGAGUUGUAUUCCGAAGUCUCUGCAUUCCAAAGCCUUGGAACGAUUUUGCUCUACCAUGCCCUCUAAUCCUGGACUUGCAUUCAGGCUGCUUCAACAAUAUUGGGAAGAGAGCAAUGUUCAGAUUCUGAAACUGCAAGCCAAGAUGUUUACACAUAAUAUCCCAACAUGCCUGGCCAUCUGGAAAAUAGCCAUUGCUGCCGAGUGCUUUCUAAAGGGACAGAGAGAGGUCCAUCACUUAUAUCAGAGAGCCUUUCAGAAGUUACCUCUUUGUGCAACCCUGUGGAAAGAUCAGCUCCUGUUUGAAGCCUCAGGAGGAGGUAAAACUGAUAACCUGAGAAAACUAGUUUCCAAGUGCCAAGAGGUUGGAGUCAGCCUAGAUGAGCUUUUAAAUUUAAGCACUUACAGAACAGAAAGCACGAAUCAUUGAACACUGGGUGCAGUCAGUGCUAAAUCCUAUUAAAUGCCAAAAUCAUUUGAAUGAUUCUCCAGGCUGAUCUCUGGCUUUAGGCCUGCACAAAGCAGAUGAGCAGUGCUGAGCCUGUCAGGUCUCUCUGAUCUGCUUUCCUUGAACCUGGAAACAAUUAACAUGGUCGCCUCCUUGGAUAAAUGAAUUCCCUGUAUGGCCUGCUUCUGGGCCCUGCCAGACUCUCAUAACAUCAUGUACGUAAGUAUAGUUCAUCCCAAUGACAAGACUUAAAAUGUGUUAAUUCUUUUUAUGUUUAUUUUCCAUGUUUCAUUUUUUUCUUUUUCUUUUGGGCUAUUCCUGAUUUCACAUGACGCUUGCACUGAUGCCUGAGAGAUCUGUGUUUGGGAUUAAGAGGGGGUCUGUGUUUACAUUAAAAACAAGCAGUCCGCCUCCCUCCCACCCUCCCACAUCGUUUUCUUUUUGUUUUGGAAAUUUGUUUUUAUUGCAGGAUAUAAAACAAAAGCAGCUGCUCUUAAAAAAAGUAACUGCCAUGGCCACAAGUAUGCUUUUUGCACUUGAAGGCUCUGAGGUGCUUUCAUGCCCUUUCUGCAUUCUGGACUUGUGGCAGAGACUUGAAGAUUAAAGUUACUCUUGCAAAUGUCAGUGCAUCAGAACCUAAAGAGUGGUCAAUUUAUUAUGUGCAAUUUUUUGUAAAGAAAUUUUAAUUUAUAAUAAAAGUUUAACAGUUAAUAAUAUUGAACUGAUUUGUAUUAAAAUACUACUCUGUAGUAUUGCAAUUGUUUAUAUAAAGAUAUUUUAAAUACAA